CGCUAUAGGGCAUUGAGUCGUCAGCAUGCGAUGAUGUCGAGGGCGAAGAUCUCCGUGAAUGCAAUGUCCAUUCGAAAGUGACGAUAAAAAAACAGUUAAUCAUUCGAUUUGAAAUGAAAAAAUAAAGAAUGAAUUUGAUAAUUCACCCUCUUAUUUCUUAUGAACAGUUCAUGAAAUUAUUUUAAGUACCUAGUACCUUUAUAAGGGCACAUAACUGGAUAAACCGAGCCACAUUAAGCAGCCGGAUGUCACGCUAACUGCCGGACGUUUUGUAAAAACAUUCUCUCUCCCCUUUCCUUGCAAAUAUGCUUCAAUUGAAUGGUCCUGACACCUAAGGAUUCAAACUGGAUAGCCGUACUUCCUCUUUCAGGCCCAGGGGUGGCAGUAUGGGAGAUUUUGGAAUGGCCCGAGAUAAGUGGGUCUGUCCAAACGAUCGAGAGCUUUCACUUCGAGCAAAACUUAAGACAGGAUGGUCUGUGAAAACGAACUCUAUCAAUUCAUUCAAUAAACCGGAAACUCUGAGCGAUGCAGAACAGGAAGUCAUAAUGGGCGUAAUCAAAAGAGCUGAGAAUUUGGAUAAAGUAGAACAAGAACGAGUAGGGAGACUUGUUGAUAGAUUGGACAAUAUGAAAAAGAAUGCUAUGGGGAAUGGAUCGACGCAGUGCGUUCUUUGUGCUGAAGAAUUCGGAAUACUAGGACAGUCACAGCUGUGCAAAGAUUGUGAAAAAGCGGUCUGCUCAAAAUGUGGUUUAGAAACAUUAAGUGCUCAUAAAGAACCGCUGUUUUUGUGCCGAAUCUGUGCUGAGACGAGAGAGACUUGGAAGAAAUCAGGAGCUUGGUUUUACCGAGGUUUGCCAAAAUACAUUCUGCCUAGUAGGAAAACAGAGCCCAGCAAAUACAGUUCGACGCCUUCAACACCCCUUAAAUCCCAUGAGCAAAAUACACCCUUGCGCUCAUAUAACCCAAAUCUCCAAACUAAAGGAAGAAGUGGUAGUGACCGAGAAUAUACGGACAGUUCAGAUGAAGAAUUUAGGUCUAGUAGAUUCACUAAAAAAGGAACUGUGCGGAAACAGCACGUAGACUCAGUUGAAAAUAACGAGCCUUCAGUAACGAACCUUCAACCAAUGGUGGCAUCAGAUCUUACUUCUCCGAGACCCUCGCCAACACAUCUCUAUUCGCCUGUAGUUCCUGAAUCAGUUCAACACCGAGAUGUUCCCAAUUUAGAACAAAAUCGCUCCCCUGGAUACGAAGGCUACUCACCCUAUGCUAAGGAUUCAAGAAGAGGGGACGAGGAUCGAAUCCAGACUCCGACAUCUUCCUCCACGCACUGGUACAAGCCAAAUACCAGAAGCCAGCCUCCAGAACAAGAAGAAUAUCCUGAAAGAACAUAUCGAGGCCACGUCAGAAAGGAGUCUCAGCAUUCUCCAAGACAUCGUACUGCUUCCCUAAAUCGUAGCGAAGAAAAUUUUGAAGAGAAAUCUACUGUUGAAGAAUCUAGUACUUUAGAAUUUAGUCUUUUGUUUGAUGCACACAACCAAGUCCUCCACUGCACGAUAUACAGAGCAAAAAUUCUUAUUCCUAUUCUUUUAUUCCAGGGUCUUAAACCAACAGACUGUGAUGGUCUUGCUGAUCCUUAUGUUCGCCUUCAUCUUCUUCCCAUUCAGAGCAAAAUGGACAAAUUAAGAACUAGAACUGUGCACAAAACUUUAAACCCUGAGUUCAAUGAAGCCAUUAGCUUUUAUGGUAUUUCUGAUUAUGAUAUUCAAAAAAGAACUCUCAGAAUGACAGUAAUGGAUGAAGAUACACAUUGCCAUGAGCCUGUUGGCGAAAUAAGGCUUUCCCUUAAGAAAUUGAGACCACAACAGCCCAGCUAUGCCACUGUGACCUUAGAAAAACCUAGGUUUUACUUUCAUUUUUGUUCUAGACAAAUGAAACCUGACCCAGUGCGACGUCGAUUUAAAACGUCGAUAAAGAAAAAAACACUAAAUCCAGAAUACAACGAGCAAUUUGCAUUUGAAGUGGAUCCCCAAGAUAUGUUGAAAAGAACAUUAGAAGUAACUGUGUGGGACAAAGACACAGCAAAGUCAGAGCUUUACAUAGGGGGUCUAGCCUUGAACAUGCAGUCUAAAGGAGAACGACUACGCCAUUGGUUGGAUGUCAUGAGCAAUCCUAAUAGAAGAAUAGAGCGAUGGCAUCCUUUAAGUAAUGUUGUCUUCAUCGAUUGAGAAUCGAUCAUUGUUACGAUUAAUCGGUCUUCAUCUGAGUUUUAAAUUGAUUCCAAGGGAAAUGGAAUCUCGCCUUCUGUCAAUGAAGCUUUGGCGUUUAAGUGGAGUUCUUUGUAUGACUCCUCAGAAGGGGCUGUGCUAGCAUUAGUUCUUUCAACAAUAGCUUAGAACAAUUACUAUUCUAUGUCAGAAUAUCUAAUAGCUUUAAAUAUUUUAUGUCAUCUAAUAUCACGAGAAAGCACAUUUUGAUCUAAUCGUCCAAAAGUCAGCAUCAUGAAAUAUUGGAUAAUUUAUACAAGGGGCUUCAUUCCCUGAUUU